UCCAUGUCGGGGGCAAAGUGCCUAUACAAAUCACGUAUUUGCUCAAUAAUAACCGUUGUGUUUGCAUGGUUCUGUGUUAAUUGACUAAUAACCAGAAUUUGUUUUAUGGAGAUGGGGAUGUUUAUUUUGUCCGCAACAAAGGGGGAGGAAUAUUGUCGACGCACAGCGUCUCCAGCUGCCUGACCUGAGCUGGCACACUCCACAACAAGAGUCUACUUUUGCCGUAAUGGGGGAGAAACCGUUGAAGAUCCUCGCAUGUGGUGAUGUAGAAGGAAGCAUUAAUGCUGUGUUUAACCGCGUCCGGACCAUUCAGAAGAAGAGCGGGCAGUUUGAUCUGCUGCUGUGUGUAGGAAACUUCUUCGGUUCGUCUCCAGGAGCUCAGGCUGAAUGGCAGGAGUACAAAUCUGGAGCAAAGAAAGCUCCCAUCCACACCUACAUCCUGGGAGCAGCCAGCCAGGAAACCCUCCGCUACUUCCCCAGUGCUGACGGCUGUGAGCUGGCAGACAACAUCACCUACCUGGGUCGUCGUGGUGUUUUCACUGGGGCGUCAGGCCUGCAGAUAGCAUAUGUGAGUGGUCGUGAGGGGCAGCAGGAUCCGACUCCAGCUCACUGCUUCUCUCCUAAAGACCUCACUCAGCUGGUGGAGCCACUGAUUAGCAACAACCAGUUCAGAGGAGUGGACAUCCUGCUGACAUCACAGUGGCCCCGCGGAGUCUGGCAGUACGCCAACAGCCCCGAAGUCAACACUAAGUUCUGUGGAACGACCUCCAUCUCCCACCUGGCUUACAAGCUGAAGCCUCGCUACCACUUUGCUGCGGUAGAAGGAGUUCACUAUGAGAGACUACCUUACAGGAAUCAUGUUGUUCUUCAGGAGAAUACUCAGCACGUCAGCAGGUUUAUCGCCCUGGCAACUGUCAACAACCCAGAGAAGAGAAAGUACCUGUAUGCCUUCAACAUUAUCCCGAUGAAAAGCAUGGAGGCAUCAGAACUGGUCAAGCAGCCUCAGGAUGUCACUGAGAGCCCUUACAGCAGGAUGGUUAGAGAGAACACUCUGUCUGACCCUACUGUCCAGGAGCCGGCAUCUCAGUUCUUCUUUGACCUGGGGAAGAAGCAGCGUGGAGGGGGGCGUGGCCAGGGGGGGCGUGGUAGGAAGAGGCCCUCAGACGGAGACGGGCAGAAUCAAGGACAGCCGUGGGAUUCAGACCGGCAGAGUCAGAGACUGCCCUUUGAUCUAGACAGGCCUAAACAACCCCGCAGGCCCCCUCAGCCCAGCGGUCCCUGUUGGUUCUGUCUGGCCAGCCCUCAGGUAGAGAAACACCUGGUCAUCAGCAUUGGUACACAUUGCUACCUGGCCCUUGCUAAGGGCAGUCUAACCCCUCAGCAUGUGUUGGUACUGCCCAUCGGUCACUACCAGUCAGUAGUGGAACUGAGCUCUGAGGUGGUUAAAGAACUGGACCGAUACAAGAUGGCUGUCAGGACCUUCUAUAAGAGCAAAGGACAGCGCUGUGUUCUGUUUGAGAGGAACUACCACAGCCAACACCUACAGAUCCAGGGCCAGCCUGCCCAGAUACAGAGACUACCACACUCACUCACCAGCCUGCCCAGAUACAAGACAGACUCACCCCUCAGGGCCAGCCUGCCCAGAUACAGGGCAGGAGCAGAACAGGAGCUGAUGGAGAUACCACAACACACUGACCUCAAACAGAUUGCUCCUCCAGGGACACCGUACUUCUACGUAGAGCUGGACUCUGGAGAGAAACUCUUCUACCGCAUUCAGAAAAACUUCCCUCUGCAGUUUGGCAGGUAUGUACACACACACCAUAUAUGA